AUGACUAGAGAUAUUACUAACCAUUUACUUUUUGAGGUGGCUACCGAAGUUGCUCACAAGGUGGGAGGAAUUUACUCAGUGUUAAAAUCGAAAGCACCUAUUACGGUUGCUGAAUACAGAGAACGUUAUACAUUGAUUGGACCUUUGAACUACCAUUCAGCUCAAAUUGAAGUAGAAGAGUUACCAGUCAAGGAUCCCUUGAUUAAGCAAACUUUGGAUUCGAUGUCUGCCAAAGGUGUUCGCUGGCUUUAUGGAAGAUGGUUAAUUGAAGGGGCACCAAGAGUGUUGCUUUUCGACAUUUGGUCGGCUGGUCAUUUUCUUAACGAGUGGAAAGCUGAUUUAUGGAAUAUAGCCGGAAUUCCGACCCCAGACCAUGAUCUGGAAACUAAUGAGGCCAUUUUAUUAGGAUACUUGGUUGCAUGGUUCUUGGGUGAGUUGGUUUACAAUGAUCGUGACAGGGCUGUUAUUGCUCAUUUCCAUGAAUGGUUGGCCGGUAUCGCAUUGCCCUUGUGUCGUAAAAGAAGAAUUGAUGUCACAACUAUCUUUACAACGCAUGCAACAUUGUUGGGAAGAUACCUUUGUGCCGGAUCGACUGAUUUCUACAACAACUUGGCCAAUUUUGACGUUGAUGCCGAAGCUGGUAAACGAGGAAUUUAUCAUCGUUAUUGCAUUGAAAGGUCAGCCACUCAUUCAGCUGAUGUAUUCACCACUGUUUCUCAUAUCACAGCGUUUGAAAGUGAGCAUUUGUUAAAAAGAAAGCCUGACGGUGUUUUACCAAAUGGUUUAAAUGUUGUCAAAUUCCAAGCUGUUCAUGAAUUUCAAAACUUACAUGCCAUGAAGAAAGAAAAAAUCAAUGAAUUUAUCAAGGGACACUUUUAUGGGAAUUACGACUUUGACUUGGAAAAUACACUAUACUUUUUUAUUGCUGGUAGAUAUGAAUUCAGAAACAAGGGAUGCGAUUUCUUUAUUGAAAGUUUGGCAAGGUUAAAUCACAGAUUGAAAGAGAGUGGCUCCAAAAUGACAGUCGUUGCUUUUAUUAUAAUGCCAGGAAGAACUCAAUCAUACACAGUUGAAACUUUGAAAGGACAGGCAGUUGUUAAACAAUUGGAGUCUACCAUUGAGGAGGUUCAGAAGAAAGUUGGUGAACGUUUGUUUGAACAUUGUGCAAGGUAUCCUAAUUCAGAACAUGCGGCUGGCAAGUCAAAUGAAGUACCAUCAAUCGAUGAAUUAAUCAAGCCUGCUGAUCGUGUGUUAUUGAAGAGAAGAAUUUAUGCAUUAAAGAGAGAAGGUUUGCCGCCAAUCGUCACUCAUAAUAUGAUUGAUGAUAAUACAGAUCCUAUUUUAAACCAAAUUAGACGUGUUCAAUUAUUCAAUCGUCCAGAGGACAGAGUUAAGAUCAUUUUCCAUCCGGAGUUCCUUAAUGCCAACAACCCAAUUUUGUCCUUGGAUUAUGAUGAGUUUGUACGUGGGUGUCAUUUGGGUGUUUUCCCAUCUUAUUACGAGCCAUGGGGCUAUACUCCGGCGGAAUGUACCGUCAUGGGAAUUCCUUCCAUCACAACAAAUCUUUCUGGAUUCGGAUGUUAUAUGGAAGACUUGAUUGAAAAUACCAGUGAUUAUGGAAUUUACAUUGUUGAUCGAAGAAUGAAAUCAGUUGAUGAGUCUAUUGACCAGUUAACUGGUUAUAUGUUUGAUUUCUGUGAAAAAACUAGGAGACAGAGAAUCAACCAAAGAAACAGAACCGAGAGAUUGAGCGAUUUAUUGGAUUGGAAACGAAUGGGAUUGGAGUAUAUCAAAGCCCGUCAAUUAAGUUUAAAGAGAGCAUAUCCCGACAAGUUCAAAAACGGUGCCAAUCCAUUCAAUAACUCAACUAAUUUAAAAUUGACAAGACCGCUUUCAGUUCCAGGCUCACCUAGAUCCAAGGUUGGAUUAAUGACUCCUGGUGAUUUAGGAAGUUUACAAGAAGCGCACGAGGGUUUGAAUACGGAUGAUUAUGUGGGGUUCAAAUUAGGUUUGGGUGCCAAUGAUGACGAUAAUGAGGAUGGAGAUGGAGAUCAACAUUAUCCAUUGACUUUAAGAGGGAAUUCGGUACCCCCCGAGGAUAAGGCUGAGUAG